AUGGCGCGGGAGGAGGACGGGGACGGACGGAUCGUGCACGAGGUCGAGCACGACGGCUACCCGGAUCGGCGGUGGUGGCACAUGCUGGACGACGAGCGGUGGCGCGCCGUCCCAGAGCAGGCCGGCGCGGGCGCAGGCGGCGCUGCCGCAGACGGGGAUGGGGAUGCGGCGAUGGACCGCACGGACGGCGAGCAGGGCGCCCGUGCCGCAGGCGACGCCGAGGCGGCCGAGGUGCAGCCGGCGCCGCCUCCUGUGCGCCGGGGUGUGCGGCGCAGCGCGCUGGCGGAAGCCCUCGAGGCGGAGGAUGACGAGCGGCAGGAGGAGGCCGCGCGCGGCGAUGGGCGGCCGAUGCUAGCGCCCCACGGGCCGGCGCUGUCGGUGCAGCUUCGGCGCGUGCGCCUGCGGCUGCGCGAGUUCCUGGCGACGCAGGCCGCGGCGGGGAAGAGCGUGCCGAUGCAGCGGACGGCCCUUGGUCUGCACCCGACGAUGCGGUGGACGAUCCGCUUCGGCAAGCGGCUGGCGACGAUGCGAAUCAUCGCGCCGAGGGCGAGUCCGGAGCCGACGGUGCGCUCGGGUCGCGGCGAGAACACGAUCUACGUCGCGCUGCAGCACAUGAAGAACCACGUGUGGCGCAAGAUCUGGCCGGCGAUGCCGGACGACGCGAGGCAGUACUGGCGGCUGGUGACCAACCAGGUGAUGUCGCUGUACGACGGCGGCGGCGGCGGGAUGAAGGAGGACGCGGCAGCCAGCGAGGAGCCGCCGGCCGGGCGGCGGGCCGCGAGGCGGCGCGGGCGGUGGCUCGCCGAGUCCUUUGACAAUGCACAGCAACGCCGGACUAGUGGAGAGGACUACGACGAGCCGGCGUUGGCACGGCAGGUCCCAGCAAGGCCAGUCCACUCCAACGUCACGUCGGAGGAGUUGACCACCGUCCUUCGGGCCGCCCUGCCGCCCGAGGUCGACCCGGCGGCGGUCGAGAUGGCCGACGUGCUGGCGGUUCUUCAAUCCCAGUCCUUUGCGGACGAAAUCCACUCACGAUACAUGCGGGUCGAUAACAUCCAGGUUGGCAGCGUCGCCUCCCUCCGCCUCGAGCCGCCCUCGGCACCCACGCCACCCCCUCCUCCCGAGUGGCUCGACGACCUCUGGAAAUGGCUCGAUGCGUUCCCGCCGCCGCCGCCGCCGCCGGCCCCUCUGCCGCCCUCGCCGCCGCCGCCGUCGCUGUCGCCCUCGCCGCCUCCCACGCCGCCGCCUCCGGCGCCGCCGCCACCAGCCCCUCCGCCUCCCUCGCCGCCGCCGCCGUCGCUGUCGCCCUCGCCGCCUCCCACGCCGCCGCCUCCGGCACCGCCGCCGCCUGCCCCUCCGCCGCCCUCGCCGCCGCCGCCGUCGCUGUCGCCCUCGCCGCCUCCCACGCCGCCGCCUCCGGCACCGCCGCCGCCUGCCCCUCCGCCGCCCUCGCCGCCGCCGCCGUCGCUGUCGCCCUCACAGCCUCCCACGCCGCCGCCUCCGGCACCGCCGCCGCCUGCCCCUCCGCCGCCCUCGCCGCCGCCGCCGUCGCUGUCGCCCUCACAGCCUCCCACGCCGCCGCCUCCGGCACCGCCGCCGCCUGCCCCUCCGCCGCCGCCGCCGCACCUGCCGCCGCCGCCGCCGCCGCCGUCGUUAGCACACUCCCUCGUCCACGAGGAACUGGUGCUGCCAGUGUCGCUGUUGAGCGUCGCUCUCUUGGCCGCUGCAGCCUACGUGCGGCGGCGCAAACGCCGCGCCACGCAAGGUGCGGAGCGGAUGGUGCGCAUUGAGUCUGCCAACGGCAACGUUACGUACUACGCGGGUGAGAAAGGCGCGGAGCGGAGGGUGCGCUCGAUGUUUGCCGACGGCGUUGUGCAGUACUACGAGGGCGAGCAAGGUGCGGAGCGGAUGGUGCGCAUGGUGCUUCCCAGCGACAGCGUACAGUACUACGAGGGCGGGCGAGGUGCGGAGCGGAUGGUGUAG